AUGUUGUCCUCGGAGGAGAAGAAAGAAAAGGAUCGAUUCUUCAAAGACUUGUAUCGUCUCGACAGUCUUGACGAUGGAGAAAGCAAAACAGGACCGAACUUGCCAGAGCGAAACCCCCAGCGAUCUUUCUCCAUGCGCAGUCUCAAAUUACACCAGACCGAUCCAACCCCGAAGAUGAUUGACUCGGACAGACACCGACGGAAGAGGAAGUUAUCUCAAACCAUUCCUGGGCUGGAGCAAAAUUCAAGACUGCAAUCUCUUCCUCCUGGGGCAUCCUCCCCUGCACCGAACCCCUCGAAGAAGAAGAAACCUUCCCAGGUAAAAAGAAACGUGACAGACCUUUCAAACGUAGCGGCACGAAUGAAUGGAUCAGGCUUCCCCAGAUUGAAACCCCUGCCGAAGCGGGUCAAGAUGAAGAGCAUCCCAGGUGAUGAACAGAUCUUCAAAGGUCUUGUUUUCUUUUUCGUCCCCAACAAUGACGAUGACUCUGGAACUCGCAUUCGCAUCCACCAAGCUAUCCAAUAUGGCGCUCAGUGGGCACACGAGUUCUGGGAAGGGGUCACGCAUAUCAUCGUCACUCAAGACGACCUCGAUAUGAUCAGUGUAGCCAAAUCGUUGCCUUCCAGGCAGAUACCGAAGGGUCCGGUUCUUCUACGCCAGAAGUGGCUUUUCGAAUCCUGGAGAUCUGGGUUUCUUCUCGAGACGCAUUGGAAUCGCUUCCAGGUAGCAGGCCCAGACAACGUGACGGAGACAAGCCGCAGUAGCACUCUACCUACCAUGAACAAUGGAGCGACCACUCACGUCUCAAAUGUGGAUAGAUCGUUCCCAAUUGCCAAUAUAAUGGAGAGCACCAUCCAACCUCAGGGGGAGCCUAGGUCCAAGACCAAAGACCUGCAGCCGAAAGCUGCAGAGAAAAUUGAGGAGGACGCACUUGAUAGUGCCAUAAAGGAUGUUCAAAAUGGCGCCGGCCCGCAGUUGCACCUUGCCUCCGAUGAGGACUCCGGGGAUGAUGAUAAGCCUGAGUCUCGAUCCAUGCUGGACCAAGCUCGCAACAACGGAAAGCCCCCAGGGAAGACCGCCGGUUUUCUGUGUAUGGAAAGGCAUGACGGGAGAACCCACAACGAGAAUCUGAAUGCUGAAACCAUGGAGAAGCUCCAAGAAAUGGCAACAUCCUAUGACCAAACAGGGGAUCAAUGGCGAACCAAGGCUUUUCGGCAAGCCAUAGGAAAACUUCGAAAGCAAUCUCAGAUGAUUCGAACAAGUCAUCAAGCUCGUGCGGUCGGUAUCGGCGAGAGCAUUGGGGCGCAGAUCGAAGAGAUCGUCUCUACCGGAAAAUACAGACGGCUGGAGUAUGCUCAGAAUGACCCACGAAAUCAGAUUAUCAAGCUCUUCAUGGGAGUGUACGGGGCUGGCGAGACAACCGCGAAGAUGUGGAUUGCAAAGGGUUACCGAUCCCUAGAAGAUGUCUAUCAGAAAGCUGAGUUGACUGUGAGUCAGCGAGUGGGCAUCGAGCACUAUGAGGAUUUCCAGCAGAGGAUCCCUCGUACCGAGGUCGAGCAGCACGCCGCCGUCGUGGAGAAAGCACUCAAAGCUGCAGAUCCCAAUUUUCAGUUGAUCAUCGGAGGGUCAUACAGACGAGGCAGCAAAGAUUCAGGGGACAUUGACUGCAUCAUUUUCAUGCCCGAGGCUGGUAUUAGCCACAUCCGCACCCUGAUGCUGGAUACAGUUAUUCCUAAGUUGAUGGCCCAAGGGUUCUUGAAAGUGGCACUUGCUGCGGGCCACCAUUCGAGCGAUGAUUCGUCGAAGUGGCAUGGAGCAUCCGCCUUGCCGGGCAGCAAUGUCUGGCGCCGGAUCGACUUCCUCUUCGUGCCCUGGACGGAGCUUGGAGCGGCAUUAAUCUACUUCACGGGGAACGACCUGUUCAAUCGGAGCAUCAGAUAUCUGGCAGGCCAAAAGCAGAUGAGAUUGAAUCAGCGUGGAUUGUUCAAAGAUGUCAUGAGGGGACAUGGGCGGAGACGAAUCAAUGAUGGGACGUUGCUCGAGGGACAUGAUGAAAGGCGGAUUUUUGAGAUUCUCGGUGUCCCGUACCGGCCACCUGAGGAACGGAACGUGUGA